AUGAAUGAAGAAGAAAAAGAGUUUGUUCCUCCAAAGGAUUUUACUAGAUCAACACCCGCUCAUUUAGGUGCAUUUAUAUUAUCUCUCAGUAAAAAAAUAAUGAACAAUUUCAUUCACGUCAUAGAUGGAUUUUAUAAGCCUGAAAUAUACUAUACAGAUACCGAUAGUUUAUACAUUUCGUCUAGCAAUUGGGAUAAAUCAAAUGAAGCUGGGUUGGUGUCUGAAAACGAAUAUAGCAAAGGGAAGAAUGAUUACGGUGAUGGUGGAAUCAUAUUUGGUUUAUAUUUAGCGCCAAAAGUAAAAUACAAUAUCAUUCUAACUUCCGAUGGUGUUUUAAAAGAAAAGAAAACGUUUAAGGGUUACUCUAACUAUAAGAUUAAGGUAGAAGACUACAUUCAAUUAGCUAGUGGAAAUGACGUAACGAAUGAAUUUAAGAAACGUAAAAGUUUUACUGAUGGAAUAGUUAUUCCUAAUGAAAAACAAAAGAAAGUUUUCAGAAGUUAUCUGAAUCUCGUUAAGAGAAAAGCACCAAACAGUGAAGGAAUUAUGUAUCCUUACAACAAUAAAGAUGAGAUGUGUUUGGAUGAAAACUAUGAAUUUGAUGAUUUCGAUUACCUUACCAUUCAAGAAGAGAAUGAAGAGUGUUAA